AUGCGCGCCUCAAGAGAAAGCCCGAAUAAACUUGAGGAUUUUGCAUCCCGUUUUGCGUUCCUGCGUCUGAAGCUAUAUAACGAGAGGAGUAAGUUUAUCCAGUACAUAAUUGCUCCCUUCAAGGCUGCCGACCCCGACAUCGUGCCCAAGCUUCGCGUUUUGAAUAACACUAUCACGAUUCGUCGCCUAAAGGACGAGAUCGAACUUCCGGAGCGGACAGGCGAGAUUGUUCGUCUCGACUUUACGCGCGAGGAGCGCAGGGUCUAUAAUAUUUUCAAGAAGAUGGCCGAGGCACGAGUUCAGGUUUUAACGGGUCAGGGUAUCGGCCAGACCCGCAUUAUGGGUGGCAAGACCAUGAUAUACGUCUUGCGGUCCAUUCUUCAGCUUCGUCUGGUUUAUACGCACGAGAAAUGUCUGCUGAAUAAUGACGGCUUUUAA